GAGUGAGAGAGCGAGAGAGAGCGAGCGAGAGAGAGAGCGAGAGAGACUGAUUAAGGCGUUUUAGGUUAUUCUGUGUGGAUGUACACAAAGACAGACACAGACGUAAACCAGGUGCAAUUAUGUUUGACAGCCACCUCCUGCUCCCCCUCCUACUCUCGCUCUCCUGGGUGGUCUCUGUCCCUCCCCCCGGCACCUCCUCUGGCCCUUGCCGCCGGUGCUGCGACCCCCUGGAGCCGCAUGAAGGCUCCUCCAGCCUGGCCUCGGAGGUCCACACCUACAUCAACAUGACGAUCCUCAAAGGAGACAAGGGUGACCGUGGGGACAGAGGGACACCAGGUAAAGCAGGCCAUGGCGGGCCUCCAGGGGUCCAGGGCACCAUGGGCUCUAAAGGUGACAAAGGUUCAGCGGGCCUCCCAGGGGACCCCUGUAAGACCCAGGAUUCAGCCUUCUCUGUGGGCCGCCGCAAGGCCCUGCACAGCCUGGAACAUUACCAGGCCCUGGUGUUCGACACGGUCUUCGUCAACCUGCAUGGCCACUUCGACAUGUUCAAGGGCAAGUUCUACUGCUUUGUUCCUGGGAUCUACUUCUUCAACGUCAACAUCCACACGUGGAACUUCAAGGAGACGUACCUGCACAUCAUGCAGAACGAGCGUGAGCAGGCCAUCCUGUACGCCCAGCCCAGCGAGCGCUCCAUCAUGCAGAGCCAGAGCCUGAUGCUGCAGCUGCAGCUGAAUGACGAGGUGUGGGUAAGGCUGUACAAGCGGCAGAGGGAGAACGCUGUCUACAGUGACGACGUAGACAUCUACAUCACCUUCAACGGGUACCUCAUCAAGCCCACCAGCGAGUGAGGCCACGGAGGAGGGA